UCGGGGGUUGUGUGCUCCUCCCUGGUUUGAGUUUGGCUCAGAAAAGACAGUCAACCAUGAUAUUAUCAUAAGUUCUAAAUGGGGAAGUCUCGCUUUCACUGGCUGCUCUUCCUUUGUCUGAGACUGACCGGCAGCUUUCGGAGGUGUCCUCUCUCAAACAGGACUUUAAUCAUUGCCAGCGCCUGUGUUGUGUAUUUGUUGGUGGUGGUUUCACAAAUCGGAUACUCGCAGCAGCACAGAAGGAUUGACAAAGACAAGGACCGGUACACCCGUGGAUUGUAUCAUCUGGAUCCUACAGUGGAUGCGGGCUUUGUGGUCCCGACACGGUCCAACGUGGUCUACAUUACGCUCAAGUCUAAGCGCCUGAAACCAGCACACAUUCGGGGUACAAUCAGACCCAAACUGAGGAGAAAAGUGAGGAGGAAUAAUGUGGGUAAGUCAGCUUUUACGCAGAAGAAACUUGGCACUUUGGAGCAGGACGCGGGCCAAACUAAGCGCAAUACUUCACGUGGAGAAACCAGGGAUGUUUAUUACAAAUCUUUGGAAAUAAUCAAUUUAUCUCUUAAGAUGAACGAACAGGCAGUCUCUGGCAUCAGCUCCAUACGGAUAUACAGCCAGAAGGCACCGCCGUGGCUCAGCCCACAGGACGUGAAGGACAUGCGCUUUCUUGCGGAUGCCAAAGUUUUACGCAUGAAAGAAGUUUCUCGGGGAGACUCUCCGUCACUUCUGGUGUUUGAGGCCGAGACGAGCGUUUCAAGGAGCAAACUGAGACACGCAGAGAGGAGCAGUGUGUGCGGAGGGCAGUGUGGGGUGAUCAGCAGCCCCGUGGACACCACUGAGGUCUUUGCUUUCCAUCUGGACAGGGUGCUGGGGCUCAAUAGGACUUUACCAGCAGUGAGCAGAAAGUUCAGCUUCUUACACGAUGGUCAGCCUUGUCCAGUGGUAUCAUGGGAUGCAUCACUCUACCCAGAAGGCCGUGCUGCAGGCUGGUCCACUGUGAAGAUGACAUGGGGGGAGUACCAGAGCUCCCUGAAACAGAGGUGUUGGCAUAAAAACAUCAGCCCAAAGCCAGACUCUGGCUGCUCCACCGUUCAUCACUAUGAGUGGAGUAAACUGGCUCUGUUUGACUUCUUGUUGCAGAUUCACAACCGUCUGGAUCAGAGCUGCUGUGGAUUCAGGCCCAGGCAGGAGGAUGUUUGUGUGGAACUCGGCCACAAAACUGAAUGUGGGGACCAAAACCACAUACAACUGACAAACAUCAUCCACAGGGGUCACGACCCCAGACACCUGGUCUUCACCAACAACAAGGGGUUCUUCGACCGCAAUGAGGACAACCUGGACUUCAGGCUCCUGGAAGGAAUCAAAGAGUUCCCAGAGCAGGCGGUGUUGGUGCUUAAGAACAAGAGGCUGAGGGAGAAGCUCCUCCAGUCUCUGUUCCUGGACCAGACAUACUGGGAGAGCCAGGGCGGCCGGCAGGGCAUCGACAAGCUCAUCGACGUCAUUGAGAGGCGGGCCGGAGUCCUCCUCACCUACAUCAACGCUCAUGGGAUCAAAGGCAUCACAAUGAAUGUGUGAUGAGAGUCAUAGCAGUAAAGUGACCUCAUUAAUGUGACACAGUUAAAGUUGAUUAAAAGCUUGAUCUCUGUGACUUCACUGAAUGUCCUUUUACAAGACACUGGAGCUUUAUCCACCUACAUUUUCUAAGUUGCUCUGGUAAAAAAACAACAACAACACAUCAGCUAAUGUCAUAAAUGAAAUAUCAUUUGCCAGUUCCUUAAUAUCAUCUAUCCCAAGAGCGUGCAAGCAAAAUGGUGUCAAGUGAAACUGGUCUUAAUAUUCAGGACCAUAUCAUUUUACCAUGAAAUAUUGGAAAAAGUUAACAAGAUUAAUGAAUAAUUAUAGAUCUUUUCUCUAAAUAUUUGUAAAAAUGAACAAUUAUCACAUUGCUAAUGAAGGACGAGACAAGGACAAGAUAAAUGGCCCACUAUCCUUUCAAAAUAGCAUUAGUUUUGUUGGUAAUAACUCUCAAUAAUGGAAACCUGUCAUUUGCAUAUGAGACUGAGAGACGAUUUAAAUUAACUCAUCAAGGUAUUUAAAAAAAUGUUUUCCCCGGUGGCAAAUACACUGCCAUCACUGUGUGCAGAAUAGGCUGCAGUUUUAACUUUGCUCCUCUUGAGGCCUUGCAUUAGGUGUAAUUUGUUUUGUGUAUGACUGGAAUGCACUUAAUGAUACUGGAAAGCUCUCCUCAAGCAUUUUGCAGUAAUUAGAGUAAGAUGUUGAUAAAGGCUCUUAACAUAGCUAACAAGCCACAGCCCAGCUCCACUUGGCUUGAUUGGGGUCACACAUUAGCUGACUUUCCAUUAGUUAUUUAAUCUUGUGACCAGUCUUAAACAUUUUUUUUUUACAAUACUCCCAAGAAGUCAAAGAGUUUUCAACACGUCUUUUUAUCAUCAAGAUUGUCUCAUGGUAAAAGCUUUGCAUGUGUCUGUACUUUAUUAUGAGAAGUCAGAUGGUGUUAUUCUGUUUCAUAUGCACUCUUAUUUUCAAUUUAGCCUUAAGCUGUAACCAUUUUCACUGUAUUUAUUAUUACUUUUUUACUUUUUUCUUUAAUUGAUGACGAUGCUCGAGCAUCAGACGGUCAAUAAAAGCAUUUAUUUGUCAAAUAUUUCAGCUUUGAUUAAUAAAAUCCUAAUUUGAGGGAAAUAAGCACAAUUUUCAGUCAUUGAUAAUGAAUUUUGGCUUAUAUAAAGUUUUGGCUUGAGAUAUGACAACACUUGAUUUCAGGUCAUUUGCUAGUCCCUACUUUACUGUGAUUGUAUAACACGUUAGGCACUUAAAUUGUCGUUUGACAAAGCCUUUCACUUCCACUCAGUAUCUGUCAAAGCAUGCACUGAAAUAGUCUUUAAAUUUGUCGGUCCCUACUUUACCCUGAUGUAUAAAACGUUUGGCACUUAUAUUGUCUUAAAUGACAAAGACGACUGUCAAAGAACUAGUUAAAUUAUAUGGAAUAUACAAGGAUACACAAAAUGCACUAGCAAGGACAUUUUUUUCCUCAUGUCUACUCAGUAUCUGUCAAACAUGUACAGAAAUAGUCUGUGUCUCUGACAUCUGAGCCAGAGCAUGGGGUCUACUUUUCAUGCUGUCGUUAACACCGUGCUCUCCACCCUGAGAGUUGGAGUCCACGGGGCUUUGUGGGUUAUUUUCUCGUGUCCUUGCGGGCAUUCACUCGGCUGUUGUUUUAACCCCUCUGCACCCGCAUUAGUGUGUCAGUGCGGUCCCUAGCCUUUUUGUGUUUGUGUUAGAAAACCCUCCCCAGUUCCCAGAGUGCUCUGCAGCGGAACUUACGUACAUAUUCUCACACAAUAACACACACAGACAAAAGGUUACUCUUGUUUUGUGAAAGGUUACGCAACAAUAUAUGUAAAGACACACACCACAGACACAUAGGCAAGCAUUAUGACCUCAGUUAAAUCAGACCACUGUAAAAACACUGUGUAGUGUUUUGCAGGUUAAGUGCUGCACUGCAAACAUCGACCACAUUCAGCCAAGGGUUCGUGAAAAAUAUUAUUAUUCCAUUUUGCAAAUGAAUAAAGUAAGCAAAAGUGUGCAGCAUUAUUGAAUUUUAAAAAUGCACUGCAGGUAUUGAUGAAAAAAACAACACUCCAAAGAAAUCAUGGUGUAUGUGAUGUAUGUGUAGAAUUAUCUGGGUUGCUGAAUAAAACUG